CCGCUGCCGGCUGGGUUUGGUCUCCGGGGCAGCGCCGGGCGGGAUCCGGAGCCGGGAGCCGCGCUCCGCCGAGAGUUGGGCAGGGAGCGCCCACGCCUCCGCGGCGUCAUGGGCCCCCUUCCCGGGCCUCAGCGGGCAGCGGCCGCGGGAACCCCCAGGCCUCCUCGCGGCCGAGCCUGAGCGACCCCCGGCUUCUCCGGCGCCCCCUCCCUCCGCCCUAUUUUCCUGCUGUCGCCGCCGCUGCUACCCCUUUUCUCCGUUAUGGCAACGGAACCUCCAUCCCCGCUCCGGCUCGAGGCGCCCGGCACCCCAGAAAUGAGGAGCCCACCGGCGACCAAUGCCGCCCCCGAAGGCAUCUCGCAGUCGGCGGCCGGCAGGCUGCGUUUCCUCAACGGCUGCGUGCCCCUCUCGCAUCAGGUGGCCGGGCACAUGUACGGGAAGGACAAAGUGGGAAUACUGCAACAUCCAGAUGGCACAGUGUUGAAACAGUUACAGCCACCUCCAAGGGGCCCGAGAGAGCUGGAAUUUUAUAAUAUGGUUUAUGCUGCUGAUUGUAGUGACGGUAUUCUUCUAGAGCUACGGAAAUAUUUGCCAAAAUAUUAUGGUGUCUGGUCACCUCCCACUGCACCAAAUGAUUUAUACCUAAAACUGGAAGAUGUGACCCAUAAAUUUAAUAGGCCUUGUAUAAUGGAUGUAAAGAUAGGGCGAAAAAGCUAUGAUCCUUUUGCCUCAUCUGAGAAGAUUCAGCAACAGGUCAGCAAGUACCCAUUAAUGGAAGAGAUUGGAUUCUUGGUGCUUGGCAUGAGGGUUUAUCAUGUUCAUUCUGAUAGUUAUGAGACACAAAACCAGCACUUUGGAAGAAGCUUAACAAAAGAAACUAUAAAGGAUGGCAUCUCCAAGUUUUUUCAUAAUGGGUUCAGCUUAAGAAAAGAUGCUAUUGCUGCCAGUAUUGAGAAGAUUGAGAAAAUUCUGCAAUGGUUUGAAAGCCAGAAGCAACUUAACUUUUAUGCAAGUUCUUUACUAUUUGUUUAUGAAGGUUCAUCUCAGCCAACCACUACAAAAUCAAAUGAUAGAACUUUGGCAGAAAAAUUCUUGUCCAAAGGACAACUGUCAGACACAGAAGUACUGGAGUACAAUAAUAACUUUCAUAUGUUAAGUUCCACAGUGAAUGGAAAAAUAGAGUCUUCAGUAGGCAAGAACUUAUCCAAGAUGUAUGCGCGUCACAGAAAAAUGUAUUCAAAGAAGCAUCACAGUCAGACUUCACUGAAAGUUGAAAAUAUGGAGCAAGACAAUGGAUGGAAAAGCAUGUCACAAGAACAUUUAAAUGGAAAUGUACUUUCCCAACUGGAAAAAGUUUUCUGCCAUCUUCCUACUGGUUGCCAAGAGAUUGCAGAAGUAGAAGUGCGAAUGAUAGAUUUUGCUCAUGUAUUUCCUAGCAACACGAUAGAUGAGGGAUAUGUUUAUGGUUUAAAGAAUUUAAUUACUGUACUUCGAAAUAUUUUAGACAGUUGAAUCUUUUGCUGCAGUCUUUUAAAGAACGAGCCAGUUGUACUGAAGAGCAGUAGUCAUUGUCUGCAUCUGUAAUGCUGUGUAAAAACUUUGUAUUGUGAGUCGAUGUUUUAUUUGUCUUUAUACUUUUGGUAGAAAGAUUAUCUUUUUUAUACUCUUACUCAGGAAUACUAAUUUGUUCAUUAGAAAACUAUGAAGAAUAAAGAAACAGGAACGUUAAGCAGGGACUGUGGUGGUACAUGGCUUCAACAUCUGUUUGGCUUAAGCAAAAUACAAAUCAUUAUUCAGUUAUAAGAGUUUAUUUAGCUUUUUGUAGCCAAUUUAUCAUGAAAUCUCUGUCCACCCAACCUUGACAAUGAGCCAUAUGUUACCUAUUACAUUAUUAAACACCUUGAAAAAUCUAGAAAGCACAGGUUAAUGUCCUUAGUAUUGGUAUGUAUGAAGUUAUAAAACUGGAGAAAAAUCCUACUUCAGAAAUAAGUACUGUUUAGGUUUUAUAUUAAAAGUUCAGACCAGCAUAUCAAAGGUGCUUCUUAGUGAAAUGGUUUAGAAUUGUGGCAUUCCAAAAGCAGAUUUCCCUUUAGUUUCCAUUUAUCUGUUUCUUUCAAAAUACUGUGUGAAAAAUAUAAUUGAAAUCAGCAACAACAACAACAACAACAAAUGCCUUGCUGUUAAGGGCACUGAUAUUCUUAACAGGGUCAGAAGAAGAGAGGAAAUUAUUUUCUUUUAAGUUCUUUAUGGCAAAAUUGGAAUUGAUGCUCAUUACAUUGUGAGAAGUGUCAUAACCAUGUAACACCUUUUUCUCAGAGGCUUCAAGAAGGUGGAUGAUUGUUGUUUUAUUUUUCCUUUAAGUAAUUUUUGAAGGCUUUCCUUUUAAAAUUUAUAUAUCUAUAUGUCUCUUGUCAAGCAGUAGUAUAAAUAUUUGUUGUAAAAAAUAGUAUUUUUCCAAAUUUAGUUAAACAGUGAAAGAUGGCAUCGAGUUGUAUAAAUGUUAAUGAAAAUACUAAGCACGUCAUACAGUGUUUGGUGCAUUAUCUGUAUCCAUACUUGUACUUCACAGUUAUUUUAUAUCUUAUUCAACAGAGAAAUUGUAAUUUAAUUUCACUAGGGGCAGAAGCAAUGUUACUUUUCCUGGAAAAAUUAGAUUUGAAAGUGUUUUAUUUUACAUAUACUACCUUUUAAAAUAUUAACUAUUUGACACUAAAAAUAUUAACUUUGAAAUUGAAUUUGCAAAUACCUUUGAUGUUAAUGGUGUUAUUACUUCCCCUCUGGUUUACUACAUGAUUAACAUAAGUGGUUGAAUAAUUUUUCUAUAUUCAUGUUUGGACUGGGAGGUGAGUCCAAACAAAAACAACAAAAGUGCUGUACAAAUUUUGUGUUUACUAAAUCUGUUAAACCGGAAUAACUUUAAAAAAUCCAUGAGUCAGUGUAAAGUACUUUUCACAAGGACUUCAUGGUUUUUCUCUGCAGCCCAAGUGAGUUUUGGCUAUAGGGUUUUUGUUCAUUUUUUUGUCAGAAUCAACUUCAAAUUAUAAUUAAUAGAAAAAAAAUUUUAAGUUUUAUGUUUUUUCUUACAAUAUAGACCUUUGUUGUUGUUGUUGUUGUUGUUGUUUCAAUAAUGGUUCAAUAGUAGUCAGAUAAUAAGUACUAUGUUGAAUGUUAAGGCUUUUUCUUAAUAAAGUGUUAUCAGAUCCUUUGCUCAAUAAAGUCUGAAUCAGCUGUUGCAGAUUUUCUUCAUCUGUAUUUGGAAAUAUAGUAUUGUAAAAUCUGUGUCUUACCUUUUUGAUACAAUAGAUCAUGUUUUGUUUUUAAGAAAAUAAAAAGUGCUUUUAUCUUUGUUUUUCAGGGAAAUGAUUAACAUUUAAUUCUUUUUGUUUACAUUUUUUAAUCACUGUUAUCCAAUGCCCAUUUUACCUUACUUUGUAAGUAAGCUUUCAUGUAAUGUAGUAAGUAUCUAUUAUGUAUCUGUGUGUGACUAUUUUAUUAUCUAGUCCUGUCUUUUAAGAUUACCGUGAAAUUUGCCACUGUGGGGAUGAAUGAUCACUAUUCAGCAAUCAUAUUUAAACAUGUAAAUGUUUAAGAAAUAAGCAAAGUAAGGUUAUAGUUUGAAGCAGUAAGAUUAUUAGUCUCCCCCCCAAACAUGAGUUAAUAAUUUUGUGUGUUUCUUAUGGAAUGCACUCAUAAAAAGGACUUUUAAGAAACUGUGGAUGUGAAUAUAUUUCUCAAAUAAAAUUUAAACUGUAAAAUAGUUUUAUAAUAAAGUAUUUACAUUAAUAUUUUAAUAUGAAUGAAAGUUGCAUAGAUUCAAAUAAAUUAAAGUCAAUGAUAAAUGAUAAUAUUUUAUCUAAAUAGUUUUUCAAAAAAACUUACAAACAUGUAUAUUAAAUGGAUGUACCAUGGAUCUUGUGGUAUUUCAAAUCAGUAUUCAUAAUUCUUUGUGUGUUUGGAAAACUCAUACUACUUUGCCUCUUUACACUACAGUUUGCUACUCUGAGACUCUGUUCAACUGAAUAAGAACUUUUGUUCUGAAUAUUGAGUGUAAUUUAGUAUUUUAUGAUUUCAAGAUGAUCUUUAUGUCAUAUCUUUAAGUUUACCAAAUUUAAUGACAUUUGAAAAAAUCAGUUUCCAGAGUUCUUUAAGUUUUCUUCUUUCAUGGAACUAAAAACAUGUUCAUUUUUAGGAUUUGGGAUAUUGUGAGAUGAAAGAAGACUAGAAUAUUGGAAGAUUCCAUUGUGAAAUUGCAGAGAUUUUGUCCACUAUUUUAAAGUAUUGUCAUCAUUUAGCAUUAUUUUCUCUUAGAAUUUGAUUUUUAAAAAUUGAUUCGCUUUAAAAAUUGUUUACAAUGCUUUGUAAUUAUCUUCCUCAUCCAGUGCCUUUGACCUUGGUUUGGUAAUUUGUAACUUCAGUUAUCCUUUCUUGUACUUUCUAUAAUGUUCGCGUAGCCCAGGAGACUUUGUCUUUUUAAAAAUUGUCUCUUUGCUUAUCUGAAGAGGCGGCAGUUACCUAGUGUUAGGGAAACAAGUAGCACUGCCCUUGGAGGCUGGCUUCUUAGUUCAUUCAGAGCACUUAUGGACAUACACCAGGUGCCAAGCACUGUUAGCCGCCUCUCCUCCAAGUAUUGAAUUAGGAUGAAGGAACUAAUAUCAGUGUGAUAGAGAGGUUAGAAGUAAUGUUUUUCUGGAUCAUAACCUUCAUUUGAUUCUUGAAUUCGGAUGGUAGUUACAGAUUACAUGAAAAAGCCUUAAUUUUUCUUACUGAUAAAGGUACGUUUAUUUAUCUGCCCAUUUGUUAUGGUGUUUAAUGUAACAUAACUGUGAAAAACAUUCCAUUACAUAUUCACAAGCGGAUAUUUUAGGCCUCAAUUUUACCUUCAAAUAACCUGAUAUUUUAAGUAUGGCAAUGUGAAAUUAGUUUUUGACUCACAGAUAUAGCUUAAAAUGUUUGUUGAUAUUUUAGGAAGGUUGGAGGCACCAUCUUUUGUUAUUAAAUUGUUACGGAAUAUUGAUAGCAUCUAAGAGGAAAUACUGUUCAUACAAUUAAAUUAGUAUAUGCUUUCAAUUUUAAUUUUAAAUUUUGUUAUUGAGGUUAAAUUUUGGCCUGGUGUUCACAUACAGUAUAAACAAUUAUGAGGUUGAACAGUCUUUAUGAUGUACAAUGCACCUGCAUAUAAAUAAAAAUGGUGUGCACAAAGACACUUUACAUGGGAAUUGUACUGGAAGAUUAAUGAAAGCAUGUGAAAUUGCACCUAAAAUUAUGUUAUUAGUGACAAUGUGCAGUGAUACUUUUUUUUGUUUUGUAUUCCAUGAAUGAAUGUAUUUAGUCACAGUUAUUUUGGUUUAAGUGUCUCAUGUCUUUAGUUUUUUUUUCUUAGUGUGUUUGUAAUUUGUACUAUUGAUGGAUAUUCUUGGACUGCAGGGGUUAUUGUCAAUGUGUAAUUUGUGUUUUAUAGAAUCAUCUAAUGUGGUAUACCAAUUUUUAUAAGUAAUAUUUAGAUAAUUCCAAUAACUGUAUAUUUGACAACCCAUUAAAAUGUUUUUCAUUGGA